CGGGAAGCAGGAAGCGCCCGGUGGUGGCGCGGGUGGUCAGGAUGGCGGGGUCCAGCUGGGGUCCCCCGCGGCUGGAUGGCUUCAUUCUCACCGAGCGCCUGGGCAGUGGCACGUACGCCACGGUGUACAAGGCCUACGCCAAGGUGGGGGCGAGGCGCGGCCGGAAUCGGGCUUGAGAACCUCUGAGCGCCGGGCCGCGUGCCCGCCAGACCCUGAGCGAGCCCAGGCGGGUGGCAGGCUGGGAACCCAGGGAGGUUAGGGCCUGAGAGCAGUUAGGUACCGCGGCCUGACUUGUCCCGAUCUGGUGUUCGGUGGACGAGGUGGGAGCUGACUGCCCCCCAUAGGUCUUAAAAGCAAACACGUACACACAAACACAUACCCACACCUGUGUUUUGUUUGGAGAUGCGGGUGGAGACCUGGAGGGAGCCUCGUGUCAGUGUCUUAAGAAUGGGCUCAAAUGUAUUCAUUGGUUGAUUCUUGUAUGUGCCCUGACUGGGAGGACACCUGGUGGGCUGGGAGGAGUCUUGGACAGGGUUCUGGAAGGCUGGACCCACUUAGGAAGCAAUCUGGGCAGUUCUAGAACAUGGAAUGAAGGACAUGCCUUAGUGGGAGCACUCUAGAAGGGCUCAUAGGACUAAGGGAAGAGGGUUUAAGAACACCAGGCUGGGUGGGGAGGCCAGAGUCCCAUAAUCAGGGGUUCUCGUUAGCCUGAGAAGGGGAAGGUUGGAUGCUGGUGUGAGUGGGUAAGCCCAGUGAGGGGGAGAAGAGUAGAGGGAAUCAGAGCCUUUCUGGCCAGGCGUGGGUCCUGGCUUGCUCAAGGUAGAGCCCUCAAAUCUCCUGCCUCCGUAGAAGGACACUCGAGAGGUGGUAGCCAUAAAAUGUGUGGCCAAGAAGAGCCUGAACAAGGCAUCCGUGGAAAACCUCCUGACAGAGAUCGAAAUCCUCAAGGGCAUUCGGCACCCCCACAUCGUCCAGCUGAAAGACUUCCAGGUUGCCUUUUUGCCUCUAACCACAGUGGGACAGUGACAACAUCUACCUCAUCAUGGAGUUCUGUGCAGGAGGUGACCUGUCUCGCUUCAUCCAUACCCGCCGGAUUCUGCCUGAGAAGGUGGCUCGUGUCUUCAUGCAGCAGAUGGCUAGUGCCCUGCAGUUUCUGCACGCACGAAACAUAUCUCACCUGGAUCUGAAGCCACAGAACAUUCUGCUGAGCUCCUUGGAGAAGCCCCACCUUAAACUGGCAGACUUCGGCUUCUCACAGCACAUGUCCCCAUGGGAUGAGAAGCAUGUGCUCCGCGGCUCCCCUCUCUACAUGGCCCCCGAGAUGGUGUGUCGGCGGCAGUAUGAUGCCCGUGUGGACCUCUGGUCCGUGGGGGUCAUUCUGUAUGAAGCCCUCUUCGGGCAGCCCCCCUUUGCCUCCAGGUCGUUCACAGAGCUGGAAGAGAAGAUCCGGAGUAAUCGGGUCAUCGAGCUUCCCCUUCGGCCCCAGCUCUCCCCAGACUGCCAGGACCUGCUGCGGCGGCUCCUGGAGCGGGACCCUGGUCGUCGCAUCUCCUUCCAGGACUUCUUUGCCCACCCCUGGGUGGACCUGGACCACAUGCCCAGUGAGGAGAGCCUGGCACGAGCAACCAUCCUGGUGGUGCAGGCUGUGAAGAAGGACCAGGAGGGGGAUGCUGCGGCUGCCUUAUCGCUCUACUGCAAGGCUCUGGACUUCUUUGUGCCUGCCCUGCACUACGAAGUGGAUGCACAGCGGAAGGAGGCAAUUAAGGCAAAGGUGCGACAGUACGUGUCCCGGGCUGAGGAGCUCAAAGCCAUUGUGUCCUCCUCCAAUCAGGCCCUGCUGAGACAGGGGGCCUCUGCCCAAGACCUGCUCAGAGAGAUGGCUCGGGACAAGCCACGCCUCCUGGCUGCUCUGGAAGUGGCUUCAGCUGCUGUGGCCAAGGAGGAGGAAGCUGGUGGGGAGCAGGACGCCCUGGACCUGUACCAGCACAGCCUGGGGGAGUUGCUGCUGCUGCUGGCAGGGGAGCCCCCAGGCCGGAGGCGGGAACUGCUUCACACUGAGGUUCAGAACCUCAUGGCUCGAGCUGAAUACCUGAAAGAGCAAGUCAAGCUUGCACCCUGCAGUGACCACAGAAAGAUGACUGCACAGACCAUGGGCCACCUGAAGUUGGGGGACACACCUAGGCUGCUGCCCGGAAUUCUGUGGCCUCUGCAGCCUGGCGGGGUAGCCUUCCUGGAUGGGCAACCCUGUGAGCACCGCGUCCCAGGGUCCCUAACAGCCUCAGGAUGCCCUCCACCCCACAAAGGCUCUGAUGGCCCAGCCCUUCAUGGGCUGGGAGCACUGGGUCUGGCCCCAGGGGAGGGAGCAGGCCUCUGGGAGAAGUGUCUCAUGUGACUGUGGUUAACUGGUGACUGCUGGACCCUGAGCCUAUCAAUUUAGGGCAUGAAGGCUCAGAUGUAGCCUGUGUCCACCCCUUUCCUUCCUGGGAGCCCUUAUUUCAACUCGCCUCUGUCCUCGCAGUGGACCAGGGCGCUCAGGGACCACCCCCCAUGGUCUGCACUCAGCCCCACAGAACACCAGUCAUCUUGGAAGCUGAUGUCUGUCCACCCUGUCUCAGUAUUUUAAGUUAAUCCUGCAAGCCAUGAAAAUAAUAUAUUUCGAAGGAUGGGGCAAAUUGAAGAAACUCAUGCCUGUUCCUUCCCUGCCCCAGAGGGUCUGCGGGGAGGUCCUUCAUCCUCACCCCUCCAGCCUUCAUCUCUCUUUAGGGAGCACCCCUUGUUUUCUGCAGAGCUGGUCCUGGUCUAGAACAGGGAGGCAUGGGGCCUGCCCGACUCCUCAGGUUUUGGAGACCCACUAACCCAGGAGACAUUUCAGGACUGACACGGCUGCCACCCCAGCCUGUGCCCUGGGCAAGCACCUUUCCUUUUCUGGGCCUGGGUCUUCCCAGCUCCGUUGGUGUUGCUGUGAUCUCCUAACCCCUCCCCCCAUGUGGGCUUUUAGGAGUACCAAGUGACUUCCAUCUGGAGAACAAUGUAUAUACCUGGAGUUACUUGGGGAUUUGUUUUUAAAACUCUGGCUGUUGGUGAUUUCUAACCUUUCCACCUUUCAGUGCCUCCUGGGGCAAGGGUGGUCUUUUCUGCUCUAUCAGAGGCCAGUAAGAAGUGUAUCAUUUAUUGUUUCCUUAUUAAAUUAUUUUUUGAA